UUUGCGACCUUGCGCCCAAAGUGCCGCCGCUUCUUCUUGCCUCGCAACCACAACACCAAGCAGCCAUGGUCUACACGCUCGUCUGCCACGCCGAGGUCAAGCCCGAGUGCGUCGAGCUGAUGCGCGCCAAGCUCGUCGAGGCCGCCGCCGUGUACCGCAAGGACCGCGAGACGCUCGACUGGUUCGUCAUGCAGGACGAGAAGGAGCCCACGCGCUUCUCCAUCGUCGAGCGCUUCGAGCACGAGUCGUCGCAGAAGUACCACCUCGAGAACCCGUACUGGGCGACCUUCAACCCCGCCGUCGAGCCCUGGCUGGUCAAGCCGAUCACGAUCCACCGCCACUACGAGCUCUGAGCCGCCGUCAGCUCAGCUCAGCACACGGGCGCCAGCUGCAUGCCAAGAUAAUCUAGUGUGUCUAGACAGAGCUCUAUGGUGGGCGCGAGGCGGCGCGCUGCAGCACCUCUUCCAAGAUCCGCUGCUCGCGAUCGGCGUCAACGACGUCCUCGCCGAGCUCCGGCAGCCCCUCGGCGCGCC